AUCCGAAAUAAUACGAUUGACGCACGUUUUACAAAAAAAAAUCCGUAACAAAGAGUGUUUAAACAACAAAAACGAGAUAUGCCAUCUGUUAUCAUACCUGCUUCCCCAAACUGGUACUGCAGUAAGGUGACAGACAGUAACAAAAGAAACCUUCUUGUUUAUGCUGCCAGGCAUGAUGUCUAUAUUUUCGGAUAUGAGGAGUUUCCUCCAAAAUUUCUCGGGGUGUGUGUUGAACACAGGGAAAAGGUUACAGCUCUUACUUUGUGUAAUCAUGAUGAGUAUGACACACUGUGCUGCAGCGGCUCAGAGGAUGGUGUUGUUAAGCUUUGGGACACUACUGACAAGUCGUUAAAAUUGGAAAACCAUGUUCAUUCUCAUAAAGUGACAGCAAUUUGUUGGUCCAAUCAGCAAAAAGAUCUGAUCAUAUCUGGAGAUGACCACGGCACACUUGGGGUAUGGCAGUUUGAAGAAAACAGACAGGCUGCCCACAGGCUGGAGAAGGCAGGCAUCCAGUGUCUCGCAGUGGCUCCAUAUAGUCCUGGCCUGGUGGCUGUUGGUCUGAAGACUGGUCAGCUCCUGCUUGUGGAUGUAAAGAAAGGUGGCCAUGUAGUGUCCAGUCUAAAGGGUCAUGAUGAGGAGAUUUACAGUCUAGCCUGGUGCCCUGUACCCGGGGAGGACUUUAAACCUGCGCCCAAGAGUGAGGCUGACAUCACAGACUUGGAAUCAUUUGGUGUUGAUGACUCAUGGAGAAAGAAACCAAAAGAGGUACCAAGUUCUAAAAUCAAGGGAUUUGGAGAGGAGGGUUGGCUACUAGCAUCAGGGUCCAAGGACAAGACCAUCCGGAUAUGGAGCACAAGCAGGGGGAGACAACUGUUAUUGAUGAAGCUGCCAAGCCCUGGGCGUCGGGAGAGGGGUGAUGAGGGAGGUCGGGGCAAGGCGUGGCUCACACUGUGCUGGCUACAACAUGACUCCUGCAGGAUAAUCUCCAGCUCACAGAGUGGUGACAUACUUGUAUGGGACAUAACAAAGGUUGGCAAGGAGAAAAUGAGUGUGCUGAACUCCGCAGGGAAGGGCCACACCCGGUUUGCCUUCAACAUCUGUCCCCUGGGUGGGGACACAAGAACGGUGUGCACCAUCUCCAUGGACAGACAGAUAAUUUUCUGGGAUGUGGAUCUACGAUACCAGCUUGGAGUGUUGCCAUCAUUGGGGGGAUAUGUGUAUGUGGCCAAGGUCUCGCCCUUUGAUCAUGGUCGUCUAGCCCUGGGUGUGGGUGACGCCAUGAUACGACUGUGGAACAUAAACUCCCCUGUCCCGGGCAGCACCGAGAUGACCCAGUUGUGGCAGGGAAUCAGGGCUAAAGUUACUGCACUGUGUUGGCAUCCUGCCAAAGAAGGCAUUCUUGCAUAUGGUACAGACGACGGAAGAGUUGGAGUCUACAACACUCUCUCUAACAAACCUCCUCAGAUAUCGACAACCUACCACAGACGUACAGUGUAUGUGGUAUCAUGGGGCCCAGCGUCAGCAGCGUGGGGUGAAGGAGAGAGCAGUGGUUACCAUGUUUACAGUUGUGGGGAUGGGAACAUUCUAGAACACCGACCACACAAGCUGGACAGUGAGGCUGCCCAACUGACCACACUCAUUACCAGAACAAACCCAGACUAUAGGAGUGGCGGGAAAGUUCCUACUCGCAGUGCAAUAAGCUGGAAUCCAGACCACACUGCUGUUGCCAUUGGUAACGAUGAUGGGACAGUGGAAGUUUACAUGGGCAGAGAGUUCAGAUUGGUGGCUGUUGUCCAGACACAUCACAAGCUGGUCAAUGUGGUUGCCUGGCACCCUCACAUCACCAUGGCAACACCGAACAACUCCCCAUACAAGCACUACCUUGCCAUAGCUUCCAAUGAGUCAUAUAUAUCUGUUGUUGACCUCAGCAGUUUGUUUGAUGAGUCUGGUCCUUCAUCACGGUUACAUGUGACUGAUUGUUGGCGAAAGUUGGAGGGCCACUCCCACAGAGUUACCGGCCUUGACUGGAGUCCACACACCGACGAACAUCUAGUGUCAGUUUCAUAUGAUGGGAAAGCACUGGUAUGGAAUGUAGUCAAUGGCAGUGUUCUGGCAUGUAACCAAGGUCACAUAGGUCGUCUGCUGUGUUGUCAGUGGAGCGGCCUUGACCCUAGGGAGGUCAUCACUGGGGGAGAUGAUUUCAGUGCACAUAUCUGGAGCAUUGAUGAUCAUCCUCUACAACCUGGACAGUUAGAACCUAAGAAGAAAAAGAAAAAAGGGAAAGCUGAUAAGUGUAAGCCAAAAGAUGGUGACUCAGCAAGUGGUCAGCAAACUGGAGGUGCAUGUCAGCUAGACAGUGGGCAUCUGGAUAGUGGUCAGUCUACACCAAGGGUGGUCAGUGUGAUGGGAAUGACCACAGAGGACAGUGAAGACAUUGAGAAGCUGCUGGAGAGGAAGAGGCGGGAACUUUUGGCGAAGGGAGCUGUGGAUCAACCUGGCCUAAAUAUAAAGCAAAACAGUAAGGUCACUGAGGAUGGAGACAGGUCAAGGUCACCAGAACCAGUUGCUAGGGAACAGCCAUCGGUUGGUAGGGAAACACAAGGACAAGCUUUUGUGGUGGAACCAACAAGUGGAACUUCGAAAAAGGGAGAUAAAUUUGACAACAGACGGAAGAAAAAAGCAAGGUCAUUUUUCCCAGAGUUGAGCUUGAAAGAAAAUCGGGGCAAACAACAGAUGCUUGAUGAUCUUGUUACCUUGGCAACCCUCAUUUAUGAUGGGCAGGAAGCUGUUGGAGAUGUGGAUGUGACCCAUCUAGGGCUCUUCUUGGACAGGCGGGCUGUGUAUGCUGCUCUGGAGGUAGAAGCUGAGUACCACCGUAACCAUGACAACAUGGACUAUUUUUACCAGCUAGAGGUUUGGAAGGGCAACAUCAGUGGAGCACUUAGGGUUGCUAGGCAACGAGAUGAACUCUCUGACUGGCUAGUUGCUAUGGCACCAAUGGCGUCAUUCGACACCUGGACGUCUGUAUGUGAGGACUACGCCAUUCAGCUGGAAUCUGACGGACAGUACCACAAGGCUGCAAGCUACUUCCUGGCAUGUAGCAAGGUGUACGAGGCCAUACGUCUUUUCAAGCGGCACAAGCUCUUUAAGGAGGCAAUAGCUCUAGCGAAGGUGAGAUUAUCCCCCUUGGAUCCUGCCCUGGAAGAGUUAUACACCCUCUGGGCCCAGCAACUCACCAAGGAUGGCAACUAUGAGCAAGCUGCCAAAUGUCACCUGGCCAUGAAGCAGGUGCAGGAUGCUGCCAAACUUUUGGCGCGCCGUUAUGACCAGUCCAGCUUGCGGACUGCUGCCCACAUCUCGAUGAUUGGCAAUGAUCGACAGCACGGCCUCAUGUAUACUCAGCGUGUUGUCACACAACACCUCACACAGAAUGAGUGGGGAGAGGUGUACAGCUUCCUGAAUAGCAAGAAAGACCUUCAGGUGUACCUAGCUACAAGCAGUCUCCAUGAGAUGCUCUGUGAGGAGCUAACAACACUUGACAUCCUAGGGCUGGACCCUGCUGUGUUCACCACAUUGGACCAAAGGAACUCCAGCAAGACCAUGCUGCCUGAUUUCAUUCUGGACCCAAGCGAAGUUGACAGUAUGUCUCCGUGGCAGAUGCAUCUGAUAGAGGGUCACACGUUUCCACAUCACGUUCUCCGUAUUUGGUAUUCUCGCUUUGAUGUCGCCAUGGAUACCACAAGCAUCGAGGACAUGUACAAAACCUUGUGUCUGUUACACGCGGGCAGACAAGCACAGGCUGAACAAAAUCUGGUGUUGAUCCAGGUUUGUACAGACCUGACCCUGUGUAUGCUGUCGCUGAUGAUGUCAGAGACCCCUACCGCCAUGUCCCACCUGCUCCAAGCAGUUGGCAGUCUACAUGAAGCAGGACACCUGCAUAUCAUGCAAGGAGUUCUUCGCCUCUUUCUACCACAGGGACCAAAAUACAUCUUGAAACUACAACAAGAGGUGACAGCAAUGAGGGUCAUGAUUUCCAUGGACACCCAAACUCACGUGGACGGGGCAUCCAAAGUGCACACAAUCAAGCGCUAUCUCUCUAAACACAAGGACGAAAGUGUCAUAAACAACAGCAGUCUCCGCUGCAGAGAGUUAGACUGUCUCAGAGCAUAUUAUUAUGUGACUAUUCUUACCUUCUUGAGAGAGAGCUGUUAUUCAGGGGAUCUAACUGCUAGUGAUUUCUGCCAAGAGCAGAACCCUAGUGGUCUCCAACCUAUUGAGAAAUUUAAAGACAAAUCUUGUGUUAAUGUAACUGAAGGAAAUGAAGCAUUACUUGAAACUGAUGGGAAAGUCAGUCAAAGCAAGAGUGAAAACAGCAUAACUGAUAGUAUUGAUAGCUGUAUAACUGCUCAGUCAUUAGAAACCAAUGAAAAUACCAUGAAAAGUUCAGAAGAGAAAGCAAACCCAGUGGAAAGUGCUAGUGAGAAAAUAGACUGUGAUACAAAAGUGGAGGCCAGUAAUCAUGCCAAUGAGAAAGUAGACACUGAGAACACUGCCAGUAACGAAAAGUCCCCUACUCCUACCAGUUCUUGUGGUGUAAAAUCAAAAGAAUCCUCCCCAUCAGCAUUACCUGACAAGACUAGUUCAUUGAAGAAACAUUCCCGUUGUCAGAAUAUACCAGUAUUGAAUGUGAACCACUACUCUAUAAAUGUAUCCCGUCUGUCUCGCCUUGCACAGGGGGUGUUGUGGGACCUUCAAGCUAAGAGGUUUGCUCUCACGGAGACCCUAGGCUAUAUACACAAAGCCAUUUCACAGCUACUGCUGUCUAAACACUCACAGUCGACAACUACAGGUAAUGAAUCUGAGAUGGGAGCUAGUGAGGCUCAGCCUGAUAAUAGUGACAUGCAAAAUCCAUCAAGUGAAUCAAACACUAACUCCAAACCAGCUGGUAGUAAAUCAAACAGACAUUCUGAAAACAGUGCAAGUACAGCUGAUAGUAGCCAAACUGCUAGGACCUCUGAGCCUAUGGCAGCCGGUGGUGACGAAGGGGCAGUGGCCAUGGCAACAGAGCUGGCAACAAAGUCAGAGACACCGACCAGUGCUGGACCAAUGGGUGGCUUGUCUAUGGACACUGAGAUCCACAUAUGUGAACACCAUGAGCACCACGCCCAAAACCUCCAUGUUGAAGGUCACCUGUGUCACUCAGUAUUAAGUCACCAUUUUGACCAGAUGUUGAAUAUUCAUGUACCGCAUGUUGGCGAAGUCUCUGUGGGUGAAGUGCUGUCUGAAACUGAAAAUGAGUUAAAGUGUAGCUUCUUUGAGGUUUGCUCAUCAUGUGAACUCUUGCAAAAGUCCCGGAAAAUUUUGUUUGAAGACGAGCCCCAUUGUCACACCCGUGGUGAAUACAAGGAUAUGACGAAUAUGACAAACCCAGCCAAAUAUAUCAAUGUGCCAGAUGAAUGGUACGGGAUGCCGGUUGACCAAAAGUACUUCAAACGCUACAUUACUAUGGCCAUACUGAAGGAUGAGCAGGAAUAUGUGAUGGGUGAGCUGAAACGGGGACCAGACAGUACCCAGGCCCCAUUUCCAAACCCCCUGGAGUCCGUAAAGACGUUACUGGACGUUGCAUCACACUCAUCUCACAUCUCCCGCGUGGAACGACAACAGUUUGCCCAAAAAGUCAUCUCCUGGGCGCUCAACUUUGCCUGCACCACACAGCAGAAACAGACCUUCCUGACUCUUCUGCAAUCCCAUCUGGAAAACUGAGCCCAACACUCCAGGCAUUGAUAGGAUAACAUAUAAUGUUGUGUGUAUAAAUACAUUCAUAACAGCUCUCAAGGGAGCGAGAGUAUAAAAUAAAGUUAUCUGUUAUGCGUUCUUGUUAAAUGAUGUGAACAGAACUAACUUAGUACAAAAGAAGUCAUCAAGGAUGGCUGAGACUCAAAUGUUCCCGAAACCAGGAGAACAGGACACUUGAAUCAGCGGGAAUAUGACUGAAACUGACAGAAUUAUUAACAAGAAACAAGACCUCAACUACGGAAUGAAAGAAGUACUGGUCAUUAGUACAUCAGCAUUAAUUUUAUCAUUGUUAUUGCCUCACUUAAGUUCAUGUAUAUUUUAGAGAAAAGAGAGACACUUCAAGAUGGAUAUACAGAGGUGAUGUAAGCUCUUUAAUUGUGCUAGAUGAUUGUGAUCUGUGUUAUGUCUCUUGUUUACUGCUAUUUUGGCAUUUCAAACAUUGUGUGACCAUACCUUCACUAUUUAAUUUCAUUGUCAUACUUAUUUCUUUUUUUCUGUGUGUCAUUACUUUCAUGAAAAUAACUAGAACCACCUGUUUGGUAUGAAUAUUAACUUAUUAAGAAGAUGCCUGAUUGAAUUGAAGGCUUUGUGAAUGUGAGACAAUUAGGAUGUAUGUUUUUAGUUCUUCCUCAUCCUUGAAUUUAAAUUUAAUGAUAUUUGCUUUUUACAUGAAUGAAAUGUUUAAAGGGUAUAAUUAAAAUACAUGUUUUCCUCACACUACCUGCGAUAAACUAUUAUUAACUGCUGUUUUCUCAUUGUUAACAUUGACUUGAUUGUUAUUGGCUAAUUAAUAAGUUAUAAAUAGUUUUGCCUUGAUGACAGAUCUGUCACCAGUCAUCAUAUAAUUCAUAAUCUUAUUUAACAAGCUCAGGAAAUAUGUUAGUAACAAAGCCUUUGACGAGCUAUCCUAUUAUUGAUUCCUGGGCGAGUUUAAAUAAAGUUUGGUUUUAUAUGCUGAGGAGUGUCAGAUUCUUUUUAUGACAUGAUAUUUCCGGUAAUAAAUAACAAAAGAGACCUUCCUGUUUCACCUGCGCUGUAGAUGAGCCAAAUACCACAAACUGACAAAGCAUUGCUAUUUCUCACACUACCAGAAAAAUUUAAAGCAAAUAAAAAAAAUUGAAUCAUUUUCAUUCCAUUUAUAAGUAAAAGGAAUCACAACUAGACACUAUAAUUUUAAUAUAAUUUGUUUUAAAAAGUUGACAUCACACCAGGUUAGAUGAUGUCAUAAUUUGUAAUAUGUUCAUGACAUAAUUUUCCUGUUUAAAAACAGAAAGUGUUGAAGUUUAUAAGAAUGUUUUCCAUGAAAUCUAGAGGGAAUAUCAGAUUUUACUCUAUUGAUUUAAAGGAAAAAUUAUCACCUUUUUCAAGUCAAUCUUUGUUAUAAAAACAAAAUGAGAAAUCAAUGUAUGACUUACUGGAAUAUUACUACAUACGCUGUUGUUGUUACCAAGUAAUUGAUUACUAACAUGCCGAGUGAUAUUGUUAUAUUACACAUGACUUUGUGUGAUACAGAAAAAUAUGUGAUGGUUACAUUCAACUUGAGGCAAGGUAUAGCAUGUGAUAAAAAUUAUUGAUAAUUGUAAAUCAUAUUCCCUUUAAAUGAUGAAGUUUUGUUAUAGUAUUGUUAAGAUGUGAUUGGUUUUGUUGAACUUGUAUCCUUACUACAUGUAUACACUUUCGUUGCAUGUUGUCAUGGAAACUGUUUCAAAAAUUUAAUGUAGUGGUCAUGUGUAAAACACAUCCUUUUUAGGGACCUGUUGACUGUAAAUGGCAUUUCAUGAAAACUUGUUUAUAUAAAUCAAAUUGUUACUGAAAUUGAUGUACACUUAUGUUUUGUAUAUUUUGGAAUUUGCUUACUUAGACAUAGUAGGUAAGUGAUACAUAUCAGAGUUUGUCUCAGCUUAUUCAAUAUCAAGAUUGAUAAAACCACAUCAUUAAAAGGAUUCUCCCAUAAAAUGUCAAGAAGCAGCAAGGGUGAAAAAAAGGAACUGAAUAUUAAAUUUUCAAAUAAUUAUUGUAUUUGAAGUCAUUGAUUUUUAAGUGAGUUAAUAACCAAAUUGGGAUAAUAAGAAGGCCAUGCUGAGAAAGCAAACAUUACUAUUAACACUGUAUUUUGACAGCUCACACUUAAUUAGAGACAGGUUUCCUGGUCAGUACUGAUAAUGUUCCAUGCCCACAGUUAACAAAACCUGCUGACAGGACAAUGUUCCAUCCCCACAGUUAACAAAACCUGCUGACUGGAUAAUGUUCCAUGCCCACAGUUAACAAAACCUGCUGACUGGAUAAUGUUCCAUGCCCACAGUUAACAAAAUCUGCUGACUGGAUAAUGUUCCAUGCCCACAGAUAACAAAACCUGCUGACUGGAUAAUGUGCCAUGCCCUACAUUAACAAAACCUGCUGACUGAAUAAUGUUCCAUGCCCACAGUUAACAAAACCUGCUGACUGGAUAAUGUUCCAUGCCCACAGUUAACAAAACCUGCUGACUGGAUAAUGUUCCAUGCCCACAGUUAACAAAACCUGCUGACUGGAUAAUGUUCCAUGCCCACAGUUAACAAAACCUGCUGACAGGAUAUUGUUCCAUGCCCACAGUUAACAAAACCUGCUGACUGAAUAAUGUUACAUGCCCAGGGUUAAGGAAACCUGCUGACUGAAUAAUGUUUCUUGCCCACAUUUAACAAAGCAUGCCGUUUAGAUAAUCACUCAGGAUAAAAAAAAUGGCAUAUCAUGACGACCUGUAUCAUGUUUAUGAUUGACAACUAUUAUCUUGAUUCUAUCAGGGAUGUCAUGUUCGUUAUUAACAAAAGCUGCUGACAGGCUACUAUGGAUCAUACACAUUUAAGUUUGUCUGAUUUAUUUUGAGGUUAUGUGAUAGUUAUUGGUUCCUUUGUUUUGUAGUAGUGCAAAAUCUUGAUCCUUGGCCAUACUUAAAAACAUUCAAAGACAUUGAUAUGAAACUUGGUACAGUGGUGCCAGAGACAAUACCCCGUGUAUCACAAGACCCAUAACUCUGGCCUUGAUAAUUGUCCAGUUAUACCCCUUGUUUGAAUAUUAAAAGACAAAAAUAAAGGAGCAUUGGUUUUUACUCCACAGCACUCUUGUUUACCAUUCAUGCUGAUUGAUCUUGAACCAUUCAAUACCAUUAACUGAUUUUUUACCAACACAUGAUUAACUUACAAAUGCUGCAUAACUGGGUAUGUGAAUUGCAUAUUAUGACCAAUAAGUGCUGACUAUACUAAAUUUGUACAUGAUUAACAACUUUAUUAGGCUGUGUAGUUUUGUGAUUUCAGUUUUAUAUGUCAAGUACAUAUAUGUCAUGAUUAAUAAAUAAUGUUGUCAUGUCGUGGAUAUGUAUCAUGUUCAUAAUUAACACAUACAUUAAUACUGACUUCAUCUUUUUUGCUAUAAGUUUGACAGUGUGUGUUGUGCUUCUGCGGCUAUAGACAAUCAUUAUGAUGAAAACCAUGUCAAAGACAUUAUGAUGGUAUUUACUGUAUCAGAUUCUGUAUAUUUAAGUGCUCAUUUAUAGUAUUGUUAUGUUGAAUUUUAUUUCAAACAGCAAUCAAAUCAUUACAAUUGUCAACAAUUUUAUAUCGUGUUGCCAAAUAAAUCCUUAAUUGGGGAGAAAUUUGAUAUCAGAUUCAUAUUGUGUCAGUUAUCGUUUGUUGGAAAAAUCUUGUAUGUGUUCAGUUUGCUAUGUGAUAAAAUAAAAGUGUCCUCUG